AUGUCCACUGCUACUUCUCUGAUCUGUUUCUGUCAUCAUUCUCUGUUAACACCCUGGCUGCCUUUUCCUGCCCUUUCCUUCUUGCUCUCAUUCAAUCUCUCUUUUAUCCUCUGGUUGUCAUUCAGCAUCUCUCUUUCUCUAUCACUUUUCUCACUCUACGCCUACUCCCCCUCUCUAUACACCCACCCCUGUUUCCCCCUCUCACUCUAUACACCCACUCCUGCUGCUCUCUGUCUCUCUCUUUCUCUCUCUCUCUCUAUAUAUAUAUAUAUAUACACCAACUGCUGCUCCCCUCUCUCUAUAUACACCCACACCUGCCUCCCCUCUUUCUCUAUACACCCACUCAUUUUCACUCUCAACACCCACUCAUUCUCCCUCCCUCUACUAUAUCUUUGCAGUCUUUCUCUUUUGUUCUCUCUUCGUUUAUGCACACUCACUCUCUCAAUAACUCCUUGUCUUUUUUUCUUCCUGCUUGACUUUCUCUUAUCUUGUAUUUCUCUUCCUUCUAAAUGUCUACAACUCUCUUUCUCUCUAUUCUCAUCAGUUGCUCUUUCUUCUUCUCCUCCUGGCUCACUAUUUCAACUGCUACUCAGAAGCAGGCGUACUUUUUCUUUCUUUUUUCCAACAGGCACAACUUUCAUAUUCUUCUUUUUUCUUUCAUUCAACUUUGUUGCUUUUGAUUUCAUUCAUUUUUUUCUUCUUCUGCAUUUUUUUUUCCUCUUUAAGUAA